AUGGAAGCUUGUCACUCUCCACAGCAAUCCAAUGUCACUUCAUACGGGGCCACCACUGUGGCCAUCGUCACCCUGGAGGCGUUUGCUGGCAUGUGGAUAAACGCUUUCAUCGUUUGUGUGCUUUGCCUUGCCUGGGUCAAAAAGAAAACCCUGAACUCUAAUGAGAAGAUCUUGCUGCUGCUGGGAUGCACCAGGAUUUCCUAUUUGUGCCUCUUAUGGGUAUACGACUUCCUUUUAAUAAUUUAUCCCAAUUACCUUUAUGUUCACCCCAUAUUUCAAUUAAUUUCAUCUUUUACAACCUUUUUUAACUAUUCCAACUUGUUGGUUUCAGCCUGUCUUUGUGGGUUUUAUUGUAUAAAAAUUGCCAAUUUCAGGAACAGCUUCUUCAUCUACCUGAAAGUAAAAAUUGACAGGAUGGUGCCCUGGCUCUUGUUGGGGUCAGAGAUUUUAGCCUUGGCUGUCGGCAUCAUUAUCUAUGACCUCACUGAAUCUCUGCCGAAUUAACAACAGCAAUAUCACCUGCCUCGGAAUUUUUGGGAACCAAGUAUUAGACUGGAUAAACGAUUUUUCUUUUCUUUUUUCCUCACUGGAUUUGGAUAUGCUGCUUCAUUCAUGGCAGUCAUCUUCUCUGCUGUUUUCCUUCUCUUUUCUCUCUGGACACACAAACGCAAGAUGCAGAAAAACUCCAUGAAGGACCUCAGCAUGGAUGCCCACAUCAGAGCCAUGAAAUCUAUUCUCUCCUUCUUAGUGAUGUACAGCAUCAACUUUGUAUGUUUGGUCUCGACAAUAAUUUAUAACAUGGAGAAUGAAAAUAUCAUGAGACUUCUUAUAUACAUAUAUCUGUGUGCUUUUCCAGGAGUUCAUUCCCUUAUUCUGAUUUUCAGCAAUCCCAAGCUGGAAAAGGCACUGCUAAAGAUUCUCUCCUGGCUGAAGUGUGACUUUUCUAUGAAGUAGGAACUCUGAUAAAAACUGGAGCUCAUGCAAAAUGUUGAUCUUUCACCAUAGAAAAGAAGUAGUUUAAUUUCUAAUGCAGCUCUCCAGGCAGUGUAGAUGAUACCAAUGUUCACUGUUCAACAUCUCAGUUCAGAAAAUAUCAUUCAUAUCU